AUGCCCAAGUUGGAGGGAGGGAUUCGGCAAAACCGCAAGCCCCGAGGACGCGGGAUUCGUGCUACGACUGGUUGCCUCAUCUGCAAACACCGCCAUGUCAAGUGCGAUGAAGCUCAUCCUCAAUGUGGUCCCUGUGCAAAAGGCCAACGUCCUUGUGUCUACGCUCCUCAGCAUUCGCCGCGUCGGCGGCCUGCUCGGCAAGAGAGUCUUCACGCAGAGGCAAGCACGGGCGAGAAUGCGGCAAUCCCCACCCCCACACCGUCCAAUAGCUAUGUACCCUCAGCAGGCACAGAAAGCUCCGUGACAGCACGGGUCGUGCCGUCGAGAUGGCUCGAGCUUUCGGCAAAGGAUGCCACCAAUGCUAAUGCCGAGUUUCCACUGUCGCCGCCGCAGCUCUCUCGCAACCGGAUUGAGACUGGAGAGAACCUGCGGAAUAGUUCUAACCUACGUCCUCACACACUAAAAGAACAGGAGAGCCGUCAUGCUGCUGCCUUCCCGAGAGGCAAAGAAAUUGAACCGGGAAUCGUCUCACAACCACCCGGCACUGCGCCCGUUGCGACUAAAACAACCUCUCUAUGGACCUCAAAGUACCCAAUUCCUCUUUCAAACUUAGAGCAUUAUCUUUUCGGGCAUUUUGUGCGUAUUACAAGCAAAUUGCUGGAUUUUUAUGACCCAGAAAUGCAUUUUGCAACAACGGUUCCGCACAUAGCGCUUCGGAAUGUGGGUUUGAUGAGAGCAUUGCUGGCCCUUUCUGCGCGCCAUCUCACGCUGGGAGAAAGUGAGAAAGAGCAGUUUGCUCCCACAUCAAUUGAAAAAAAUGGCAUUCCAGGCCGCCAAGAAGAUAUCAUUGAUCGCAAUCUUGCAGUUGAAUACUACUUGGAGACCCUUGCGUAUCUGAACAAAGCAAUGCAGUACCCGCUUUAUGCGCGGAGCUUGGAUAUGAUUGCGACGGUCAUCCUGAUCAGCACCUACGAAAUGAUCAACGGCUCAAAUCAACAUUGGAAAAGACACAUAAAAGGUGUGUUUUGGAUCCAAAAACUUCAGGAAAACAAUGGAGAAUCCGGAGGACUCCGGUCAGCCGUCUGGUGGGCUUGGCUUCAACAGGAUAUCUGGAUCGCCAUGCGAGAACGACGUCGCGUCUUUAGUCUCUGGAAUCCUAAAAUGCCAGUGUCCACGCUCACCGCGCCAGAGCUCGCAACGCGCGUCAUAUACCUGCUUUCCCAGUGUAUCAACUAUGCAUCGAAAGAAGAAGAGAAAGCUUCGAACAUAGAACACCGUCUAGACUGGGGAAAUAAGCUGCUCUUCCUACUCCAGGAAUGGCAUGAAACAUUGCCGCCAGCAUAUAGUCCUCUGCCUUCCGUAUCCAAGAUUGAAAUUUUUCCACCGAUUUGGGUGAAUCCACCAUCUUAUGCCGCGGCUCUACAAAUCCACAGUCUCGCCCUGAUCCUUGUCAUCUUGCACCGUCCAUCCUCCAGCGACCUUGAUGACUACCGAGCAGCACAGCAUAUGCUGGCAGUUUCUGUGAGCACAAUUUGCGGUAUCGCGAGAUCUGUUGAUGAAAACGAUGAUGAGCGAACAUGACUUCGCUACACUGUU